AUGAGCAAGGUAGCAGCAGCAGUAACAGCAACAUUCAUUGAAGUACGUAAGAAUAUGUGGCGCUUCGUUGGUGCUUCCUGGAUUAUUACUGCUGUUGUUGCAGCUCUCACAUGGCUUCGCAUCGCCGCCAAUGCCUCACGUAAAAUUCAUCGCUUAAUAUUUGAUCUUGGCGGUCAAGUAUUGGUAAUUCAACCGGAAUGCGCGAAAGAAAAUUCCAUUUGGCCACGUGCCUCGCAUUUUUAG